AUGUCUUGGACGAAUGAUGUGGUUUUGGAAUUUUUGGAUCACUACCGCAUAGAGCAAGUAUUAUGGGAUCCAAAACAUUUAUCGCACAAAAAUCGAAACGAGGUUAACGAUGCAUGGCUUCGUAUUCAAAAUAGUAUGAGCAUAAAGUGCUCGAUUAUGGAUCUUAAAAAGAAAAAAGAAUCAUUAAUGACAGCGUUUAGAUUACACAUUAAGAGAAAAAAGAAAAACCCGAGGUAUCAAACGUGUUGGUUUGCGUUUUCAGCCAUGGAGAAUUUUUUAGGGGAAAAAUAUGAAUAUGAUAAUACCAAUCACUCGGAUCACGAGUAUUUCCAAAACGCAUCUUACAGUACCCACAUACCGCUGCCAGAUAUAGGCGACCCACAGAACUCUAGCGCGAGUACGGAAAGACAAUUUACGAACAGACGACAAAUAAAACCAGCUUCAUCCAAAGCGCAGAGCACAGAUUAUAUAUUCACGAGGAAACAUGAAGAUGGCGUCCAUUAUAAUAAGAACGAAUCAGACUUCAAUAUGGACGAAUAUGAUCUAUACGGGCAGCUGCUAGCGAAGAAACUAAGAAAACUUGACGAGCGACAAAGAGAUUACGCGAUGCACGAAAUAGACAAUAUAAUGUUCAAAGCUAAAAUACAAAGUGAUCCGCUACCGACGAAAAGUUACCCCUCCUCGCCGUCCCCCGUACCAAGGAAGAUAAAAUCACCGGUUUUCAUCAUAACGGCCCAAAGCAACAACGUACAGUACGAAGAUGAGAAUAUAUCGUAUACAGAACAACAGCUAUCAUAG